AUGGAUCGAAAGCAAGCCAACGACAAUCUCAUGGAUACGCAUGACCGUCUCAUAGCCGACGUUCUCACCCGCUAUCGCAACAUUUUGAACCUCACUACAUUGCAAGCCACACGAGACACCGACGACCUGGAGAUACACAAUGCCGCCACGGACAACCCUUCGUCCAUCGCCGUCACAGGCAUCUCCCUCAAGAUGGAGUUUGAUGCGCUCUACUCUUCGAUCAAGGAGCUGCUGACCCUAUCGCGACGAAUGAAGGAACUGUGGGUCUUUGGGCCCCUCGGCGGACGAGAGAGCCAGGGCAUGGAGGAACGCGUGCGGGACGAUGUGAAGAGGGUCGGCGAGCUCCUCGGAGAUAUUGAAGGUGGGAGGGCGAAAGAAACAGCCGAGGCGAUGGGCGGCAGCUGGGAGCUCAAAAAGGACGAAGAAGUCAAAGGGGUAGAGGCAUGA